UCUCCUGUGGGUGGACGCUGAACACAGUCACAUGAUGACAGACCCACACGCCGCUGACAGUACAGCCUGUGGACAGUUCUUCAUCUGUGGGCACUCGCUCCUCCAGUCACACCUUGUUUAUGUGCGGGGACACGGCCAUCAGAGACAGAUCAAGAGGACCAUCAGCCACGGACUCUUUUCAUUUCCUCCUCAAGCAGAAACCAGCAUAAAGAAGAUGUCUGCUGCUGUUUGUAUUGUGGGUUCGUUGUUUGGUUCUGCAGUGGGACAACAUGAAUGUGAGUCCUGUUACCUAAUAAACAUGGGGUCCGUGGUGGCCAUUAUUGCCUCUGACCUUAUCUUGACCAUCUUCAUCGCUGUCUCCGUGUUCUGCUUCGCGACUUAUCACAGGAGGAGGAGAGAGUGGGCUUCUCCUGAUGGAAGAAGAAACCUGCCGUCAUCUGUAUCGAAGAAAAAUGCAGCAGAGGUCACAGAAUCUCCCUACCAGGAGUUACAUGGAGUCCAGUCAGAUGUGUACAGUGAGCUUCAGCACUUUAGGAAAUGAAACAGAGGAGAAUAAACUCCCAACAAAGACUGUAACUAUUUUCAAAAGCUAUGAGCACAAAAUACUACACACUCCCUUGCACAAAUCUUAAGUUGCCAUAUACACUUCUGCAGAAUUGCAGGUAAUAAAAGAAUUAGAAAGUAAAGUAUUCAUAUUUUAUUCAUUGGUUAUUGUGUUGUGUUUUAUGUGAUGUUUGCUGUAUUACAUUAUUGUUUUUUUGUAAAUCUUGAGCUAUGUUGAA